AACCACACUAAGCAUAAGGCUGGGAAUUUUAUGAAGUAACUACAGCAUAAAGCUUGGAGUAAUUGAGAUUUGUUCACAACAUGAACUUCAGGAAGAUAUUGUCAAUUGCGUGGAUCUAUAAAGACAGUCUGAUCAUUGUAAUGACGCCACUGCUGCUUCUACCAUUGUUGUUGAUCAACCAAUCUAAGGUUACAAGCUGUGCGUUUGGCCUCUGCAUCAUGGCUGUUUAUUGGUCGACUGAAGCAUGUCCUUUAGCGGUCACUUCGCUUCUACCGAUCAUUAUUUUCCCCAUGCUCGGCAUAGCAACUGCAGAUAACGUUUCAAUGAUGUACACGAGGCAAAUUAACUUUCUAUUCAUGGGUGGAUUGAUAAUGGCGGUUGCCAUCCAGGAGUGGAACCUUCAUCGAAGGAUUGCUUUCAAAGUUUUGAUGUUAAUCGGUUCCCGUCCGUGCUGGAUUAUAUUAGGAUUCAUGGUGCUUACAAGCUUGCUCUCAAUGUGGAUAAGCAACACCGCCACCACUGCAAUGAUGGUGCCAAUAGCUAGUGCUGUCUACGACCAAAUGAAUGACAUCAAACAAGUGGAAAAAUCAACACUUGACGAGGAGACAACUUUAAAAGAGGAAAGAGAUGGAAUCAAUGACGAAGCAUUACCAAGCAAGGAAACCGACAAAGCAGAGAUCCCCUUAGAUGGUGUCAACGUAACAAACAUCUCAUGGACCUUAAUGAAUUGCUUAUCUUUACAGAGGGAAAAUGGCCCAAACGAGAAGUUGAGAAAAGCGAUGCUGAUUUCUGUAGCUUACUCGGCAAAUAUUGGUGGCUUUGCAACUUUAAUUGGAACCCCAUCUAACCUUUUACUACCUGGUGCUCUCGUAUCCGUUUAUGGCGAAGAUGCAUCUGAACAAGUAAACUUCGUAUCAUGGAUGGGGUUCAGCUUACCUAUAUCGGCUGUUUGUCUUUUCUUUACAUGGAUAUGGCUGCAGGUUCGAUUCAUUGGCAUCCGACAGCUUUGGCAGAAGGGUGAUAAACAGAAAGACAACCGAGUGAAAACCUACAUUGUCAAUUCCUACAAAAAACUAGGUCCCAUAUCGUUUGGGGAGAUGGCUGUACUCGCUCACUUCGUGGUAUUGACCGUAUUAUGGUUAACCAGAGAUCCUAAAAUUAUCACUGGGUGGAAAGAUAUAUUUCCAGGAGGGUUGGUGAAGGAUUCUACAUCAGCCAUGUUGAUAAGCUUUAGUCUCCUUAUCUUCCCGUCGAAAAAUCCUUUCCGAAAGUCGGAGGACCCAAGUGAGCUCCCAGUUGCCUCUCCUCCGCUUUUGGAGUGGAAAACACUUAGGGAAAACUUUGCCUGGGAUGUAUUUUUUCUUAUCGGAGCAGGACUCGCGUUGGCAAGAGUAUGCGAGGAGUCUGGACUAUCCUAUUGGGUUGGGGACGCCAUAUCUGGAUUGAGUGAAAUAUCGCCUGUUGCGUUUGCCUUGAUCAUCUCAAUAACAUUGUCUUUCGUCACAGAAUUCACCAGCAAUGUAAGCACUGCAAGCCUAUUUCUUCCAAUUUUGUGUCGUCUGGCCUCACACUCUGGUAUACAUCCUCUAUACAUCGUUAUCCCUGCCACCAUAUCUUGCUCAUUUGCCUUCUCGCUACCAGUAGCUACACCUCCGAAUGCAAUCGCCUUCUCGUUUGGCGGACUAAAAGUAAAAGAUCUGAUUUCCACCGGAUUGGUGCUCAACUUUAUAUGUGUGCUCAUUCUCAACGGAUUUUUAAACACUACAGGAGUUGCGAUGUUCCACCUAAAUGAUCUCAGCUCGUUCACCAAUACUACUGAUCUAAAAUAAAUCAUAAGAAACCUAAAUGAUAGGAUUGUUGCCUAAAAUAAAAAGUGUCACGGUGGAAAUAUAUGCUUUAGAUUAGACAUAGCAAAGGAACUGCGUUUGUAUACAAUCUUGGUUAAACGCGUUAGUCAGGAAAGUUUUGUGCUUGAAUAGCUUGAAUGCU